AUGUCAAAUCCUUCCAGCAGUACUGGAGUUCAGAGUCAAUUGUCAGUUGACCAAGUCCUGGAAAAUAUUAACCAACAAAACAUCAUAGAGACCGAAAUCCUACAAAAAGAAAACGAAACUCUCAACUCCCUACAGGUUGACCUUUUUAAAAAAAUAUUUGUAGUAGUGACUCUAUUGGACGUGCAGAAGAAAAGCGAUGAGGCUGAGAAGAAGCUGAAACGUACAGCAAGGGACCUCCUUAUCAUGGAGGAUGACAUGAUACAUUUAGAGCAGAAGAUGCAGGCUGGACGUGACCAAUGUGUCUCCAUCACAGUGGAAAACACAAAACUCCUGGAGCAAAUAAACGAGGGGGAGGAGAAGGCCUGCAUGCAACGGGCUCAGUUUGACCUUUAUCGAAAAAAGAUGGAGGACCACAGGCAGGCGGUUCUGCGUGUGGUGGGCCAGACCGGUACUUGCGAAGAGAAGAGGACACUUGUCCAGAAACUAAGGAAGGCCAAAGAGGAGCUGAAGGAGGAUUUAAAAAACCCACAUGGAGUCCAUGUCCAAUCGGCAAAGGUAAAUUUGUACAAUUGGGUUUAUUUCCACACAGCUUGAUUAUCUUUCCAGAGAGAAAUUGCUGCGCUGAGAGUGGAGAUUGAAGAGAUGAUGAAAAAUAUAGUGCAGAAGAGGGAAACUCUUCAGAAAGAAUUGGAGACCCAUGCUCAGAUCAAGCAAGACAUUGAGGGGCAAACCAAGCGCUUUGACGCCAUCAGCAAGCACCUUCACUGUCAAAUCAGCAAGACCCAGGCUGCCCGCAGGCUAAUGUCCAGAGACAUCAACCACAUGGAGAGACGGAAAGCUGAGCUCCAAAAGCAGCUGGGUUUGUCCAAUGACUCUGCUCAGUGCGAAAUCAAAUUUGGCAUGUAG